AUGGCUGAUAGAGUUUGUAGUUGUAGAACUUGGCAACUGAGAGUCAUUCCAUGCCAACAUGCUAUUGCUGCUUUGUGCCACAUAGAACAGGAGACUGAACCUCUUGUGGAACAUUGGUAUAAGAAGGAUACCUUCUUAAAGGCUUAUAGUCAUUUCAUCCAACCAAUUUCAAAUAUGAAGAUGUGGCCUGAAACUAACAAUCCAAGGAUUGAACCUCCGGAACCUAAACCAAUGCUUGGCAGACUUGCAAGAAAUAGAAGAAAGGGCAAAGAUGAACCAAGAAAGAAGUAUGGAAAAAUUUCUAAACAAGGGGUGAAACAAACUUGUUCCAUGUGUAAACAGCAAGGUCAUAACAAGAGAUAUUGCAAGGUAACAUAG